AUGGUUCUUAGUUCGAAUGGAAUCGGAUCAGUUGGUGGUGAAAUAUUGGCCGACGACUUUGCGAAAACGCCACUGAUUUCGUUGAAUAUCAGUAAUAAUGACAUUGGGCCAAUAGGUGGGCACAAAUUUGGUUUAAUGCUUGAAGAGAAUUAUGUUCUUAAUAUCUCAAAUGAUCGUGAAUUCAUUGUUACGUCGAUGCCUACUGAACCCGUGCUGGCAGAGGCUAGUGCUCGAAUAAUGAAUGAAGUGGAACCAUGUUUGUUUCGAGAUAUUUUGAGUUCUCAGGUUUCAGAUUCUUCGCCAGCAAUAACCAAUCACGUAUUGUGGGAUCAUUGUUGA